CACCCCGUUGGACCCGCGCCCGCUGGGAACAAAGGGACGCGCUGGGCCCUAAGGGCCACUAACAUCAGCACCUGCGCUCACGGCGCACUAGCUCGCCCCAAGCGGGAAGUAACCCACCGACACAUCCCAACCAGAGAGCCCCCCACUCACAACUGCCCUCACGCCACGCCACCAUGGAUGACGCCCCACUGGCAGCACCCCCUGUCCCUGCCCCGGCCCCGGCCCCAGCACCGCCCGCCGCCGCCCCCCGCGUCCCGUUUCACUGCAGUGAGUGUGGCAAGAGCUUCCGCUACCGCUCGGACCUGCGGCGCCACUUCGCGCGUCACACUGCUCUCAAGCCCCACGCGUGUCCACGCUGUGGCAAGGGUUUCAAGCACAGCUUCAACCUGGCCAACCACCUGCGCUCGCACACGGGUGAGCGGCCCUACCGCUGCUCCGCCUGCCCCAAGGGGUUCCGAGACUCCACUGGCCUAUUGCACCACCAGGUCGUCCACACUGGCGAGAAGCCCUACUGCUGCCUGGUCUGCGAGCUCCGCUUUUCCUCGCGCUCCAGUCUGGGCCGCCACCUCAAGCGCCAGCACCGCGGCGUGCUCCCGUCGCCCCUGCAGCCGGGCCCUGGGCUGCCAGCCCUGGGCGCGCCCUGCUCUGUCUGCUGCAACGUGGGGCCCUGCUCCGUGUGCGGGGGCGCGGGUGCUGGCAGUGGAGAGGGCCCAGAGGGGGCGGGCCCUGGCAGCUGGGGGCUGGCAGAGGCCGCUGCUGCUGCCGCUGCUUCGCUGCCCCCAUUCGCAUGUGGUGCCUGCGCACGGCGCUUUGACCAUGGCCGUGAGCUGGCGGCCCAUUGGGCCGCACACACCGACGUAAAGCCCUUCAAGUGCCCGCGCUGCGAGCGCGACUUCAAUGCGCCUGCGCUGCUGGAGCGGCACAAGCUAACCCACGACCUGCAGGGCCCGGGAGCACCCCCAGCGCAGGCCUGGGCCGCCGGGGCUGUUGCAGGGCCUGAGACCCCUGCAGAGGGUGGCGCUGCGGAAGCAGGUGAUGCCAGGCCAGCCUGGGACGGUGGGCUGCUCCUUGGCCGCGUAGGGGGUGGUGUGCCUGAGCUGGGGACACUGCUUCCCGAGGGUGGUGGGGAGGCCCCUGCUCCUGCGGCCGCAGCGGAGCCAUCGGAAGACACACUGUACCAGUGCGAUUGCGGGACCUUCUUCGCUUCGGCGGCAGCACUGGCCAGCCACCUGGAGGCGCAUUCGGGGCCGGCCACCUACGGCUGCGGCCACUGUGGAGCGCUGUACGCAGCCCUGGCGGCUCUGGAGGAGCACAGGCGAGCCAGCCACGGGGAAGGCGGCGGGGCGGAGGCGUCCCCCGUGGCCCCUGAGGGGGAGCCCGCAUCAGGGGAGCCGGCGUCCACCUCCGGCCGCGGCAAGAAGAUCUUUGGCUGCUCCGAGUGCGAGAAGCUGUUCCGCUCACCGCGGGACCUGGAGAGGCACGUGCUGGUGCACACGGGUGAGAAGCCGUUCCCGUGCCUCGAGUGCGGCAAGUUCUUCCGCCACGAGUGCUACCUCAAGCGCCACCGGCUGCUGCACGGCACCGAGCGGCCCUUCCCCUGCCACAUCUGCGGCAAGGGCUUCAUCACCCUCAGCAACCUCUCCAGGCACCUGAAGCUGCACCGGGGCAUGGACUGACUGCUGCUGGCUGGCCCGGGACUGGACUCACGGCCCCCGGGAGACUGCCCAAAUCCCCACACGGGCCCUAAGUUGAAGGGCCCUGGGGCUGGCGAGAUGGGACUCAGGGCCCCCAGGGGACCGUCCAAAUCCAGACAUGCACCCUGAGUUCAGGAGUCCUGGCUGGAGAGGUGGGGCCCUCUGCUGGGGGUCCGGGGUCUAUGAAGACUGGAGCUUGAGGCCUCCCUGGAACCUGUGCUGGGUGCCCCCUAAUUAAAGGGCCUCUAGGCCGGGGGGCCCAGGGGUGAGAAAUGGGUCUCCGCAGGUAAUUUUCACCUUAAGGGCCCUCAUGAAAGAUGAGCACCCCUCCCCCAAGGGGAGUCUGCCUCUCCCUGAGAGCCAUCAUUCCCAAGGAUCUUGAUCUGGAGAACGUAGGGCAACCACGUCCCUAUGUUUCCCCGGGUCCCCUCCGAAUGCUACCCACCUGUCACUGGUGCCCUUAGGGAACGGGUAGCACCGGAAUCUGCCUUCCCCUGUCUCAUUCCCUAUGCUGAGAGAGGACCAGGGCAGACGCCCCCUGCCCUCAACCCACUCCCCAAGUAGGCCCCCCCUACUGCAGAAUGGAUCAACCCUAAUGACUUUCCCCAUCCCCAAGCACUAGAAUAGGCCAGUUGGAAACCCCCGCACCCAGUAGGAUGGACUGAUGCAGGUAUACACCCUCCUGUCCAGUGGCAAGGGCUGGCCCAGGCUGUGGCCUGCCCCGCCCCCGCCCCGCAGUGAGUAGGGCAGACACACCACCCCUCUCCUGAUGCAUUCCCCGUCCUGUGAACCCAUCUGAGCAGGAGGUGGCGGACACUGGAGUCUCCCUCCUGCUCUGCUGUAGAAUGUGUCCGUCUUUCCAUUCCUGUCAGUUUGUCUGUCUCUGUGUUCCUCCCAACACCAAGGGAAAGGAGGGUUUGGCUAGGGGGACCUCCCCAUGAGCCUCGACCUCACCCCCUCUUCCCAGUCCCCAGUGUCUCCAGGGCUCCCAAUAAACCUCGUCCUGUCAGUCA